CCAACCUCCACAACCCGAAAUAACAUGAAGGCGUGACUGCUCGCAUGACAUCCAGUUUCUUUCAAUAUUAUCAUUUGUCAAUCCAGAUAUUCUUCAUAGCGACUUUUCAUUACUGAUUCAUUGUAUAUUGUGCAUGGCAACACUUCAUUCAUCGUAAUAUAGAAGCAACCUCUUUGAUUUUGCUUGCAUUCUCCCCCUCGUUAGACUGUUUUACUGAAACUUGUUGUUAUCCUCAUCACCCCAUUGUCAAAGCAUAUAUAUAUUUUUGAACAAAGUUCUGCAAAUGUCUUUACAUCUCAUUUCAAGGCUAGUCUCACCAUUGAGGCGUCCAGCUGUCUCUUAUUUUUCAAUACCACGCAUUUCACUCCGCCGUCCUCAGGCACUGCCUAGAGUAAGGCGCUACAUAGCUCCUGCAGCUCGACAAAGAGUUGGAGGUUAUCCCGAACGGCUGCUCAUCUAUCAUUCCGGGACUGGAAAGUCUGUUUUUAUAGGCUGCCUCAAAGUUACGACCAUUUUUAUCUUUGGGUUCUCAACUCUGAUCAUUGGACCAAUGUGUUUUCAAGCACCAGAUGUCCCAAAUUUGGUUGCAGGCGCUAUUAUGGUUGGCGGCUCUAUACCUAUACUUUUUGUGACUUAUACGACUGCUCCAUUUGUUCACUACGUUCAUCUUCAGCUGCCAAUGUUUGCGCGUGCAUCGAAAGAUGUGCUGCAGCGGUAUACUCAACACCUGCCUGCCGAUGCCAAGCUCCACUUCACUACCAUGCGCCUCAUUGGCACGUCUCGCAUCUCCACCAUACGAUUGUCCGAGCUGAAGUUUGCAAAAGGAAGAGCAGGUGUCGCAAACCUCAAGCGGAUUCUAUCGAAACGAGCACAAGAAACCCAGUCGCCAUGGUGGAUGGGCAAGCCUCUUACCGACUUUUAUGUAAAGCAGAGCGAGGGAAACAGCAGACAGCUUGGCAUUUGGGAGAAUGUAUUGCAUCAGAUCCGACGGGCGUCCUAGGCUGCAACAUUUCUAGAGAUAUCAUUCGCCAGGUGUUCUAUAGCCUGUUAUGAUACAAAGGUUCAUAAUGUGUUCAGUUAUUGCCAAGAUAUGCAGCUUUGGUUUUUUAAUCUACCCCUGCUAGGCCAUAUAGGCGAAUAAGAGAUAAGACCACGUCGAUUGUGAGGCUCGGUUUGACAUUGAUUAAUUGAAGAAGCAAGAUGUGGUGCAUGAGGCUAGGUCCCCAGCACACAAGCUUUUCGGGAACAUUUUUACAAGUGCAGUCCCUCCUCGCCAAAUCGCGACUCUUUCGGGAGAUAUUUGGAGAUAACCGUCUAGACAUGCUUACUUUUAGACCACGACAAUAAUCUCUCGGUGGAAAUCGUCAGUAAGGAAUCCGCGUGAGGCUCCGUAAGGCUACCAUAUUAUGACUAAGCAAAGGAG